GAGCUUUACCAUGUUAACCAUGGCUGAUGCCUCUUUCAUCUUGAUCUGAGCGAAAUGGGUCAAGGAAACCAUGAAGGAGUACAACGAAGUCAAGGCUACUCUAAUGGCGAGCGACGACAAAGUUAUCAGAGCGUAUGGCUGGCACUUACACCAGCAGACGCAGGAUCCAGACCUUACGGAAGCAAUAGGCGCGUUCAUAAAACGGUCCCCGAGCCGUUUUCGCGUCUCAGAUCACAUUCCGGCUCGCCCUCAGCAGUCCAGUUUCAACGUUCCCCAACAGUCCGACUUCAGCGUCCCUCAGCAGUCCGGCUUCAACGUUCCUCAGCAGUCCGGUUUCAGCGUCCCUCAGCAGUUCGGAGGACUCGGCGGCCCCCCCGGCGGUCUAGAUGAACAGUAUCAAGAGCCUACUGUGCAACAAUCGAUGUACAGCAUUGCGAACCUUGUCCGUGAAUAGCUCCAAAUCACGCAAGCAAUCGGAUGAAAUGAUUUGGAUCAGAGAACAACAACCCUGCCCUCCAGCAAUUGUAUGAGGGACAAAAAACCGCAGCCAAUAAGUACCAAAUCCUCCAGUUUGGUAGGCCAGCAAUGCAGCUGGCUUAACUGGGGCCAUUGCGGCCUGUAUGUUUACAGUAUCAUUUAUCGUCCCACAUCUGGACGAUAAGUUUGAAACAGUCCCAGAGACCGUGAGAGCCCUCCUUGGGCUCUCCGUCACCC